AUGAGACUCUUAAUCUUUUGUAGAAGAAGUUCUUAUGGCAUUAGUGACAAGAAAAUAAAAAUUCAGAGAAGAAGGCUUCUCGAGAGUGGAUACAGUACAACAGGACGUGGAGGGUACAAUAGUGAUGAAGGAUACACUACAAAUGGACGAGGAGGAUACAAUAGAAGACUUCUCGAGAAUGGAUACAGCACAACUGGACGUGGAGCGUACAAUAGUGAGAGUGGAUACAGUACAAAUGGACGUGGAGGUUACAAUAGCGAGGGAGGAUACACUGCAACAGGCCGUGGAGGAUACAACUAA